UCUUCCUCCUCCUCCUCAUCCUCCGGGAGCCUUGCCUCCCCUGCACACCUGCCUUGCCAUUUGUCGGCGGCUUCGCUAGGAGGGGAGAAUUUUCCCUCGCUCCCUUGCAGCAUCCCUCCCCGCCGCGCGCACACACACACACACACCCGCACCCAGACAGACAGACAGACAGACACACGGACACACCGCUCGCUCCCUUCCCUGUGCAUCGGCGGCCGCCGCCUCCCCCCCGGCCCCCCGCUCCCCGCCGCCGCGGGGCGUCCUCCGCCCGCUGCAGCGCCGCCGGGGAGGGGAAGGGAAAGGAAAAAGGAAAGGAAAAAGGGAAAAAGGGGAGGGGAGGAAAGGAGAGGGGGCGGGCGGCGGCUCCCGCUGCUCCGCGGCCCCGCACCGGCAGCCGAAGAGAUGAAGAAAAACAAAUGGAUUCAACUGGACUGUGCUGUUGAAAAUGCUACUAAUCAGUUCUCUCAAAAAAUGCACUGGAGCUGUAUAUGUGCUUUGACUACCUUCUGGAAGAAGAAAAAUGUCAGGACCUGGACUCAGGAGAAAAGUAUCAGCAUCUUCUCUGUAAUCUUGGAUUCUGAACUUGAAGCAAUUAUUGAUUAUAUGCUUCUUGAAAGUUGGAGAAUAUCUGCAAUAAAUUGUGACAUCAGUUGUACUGACCGAACAGUUGUUUCCGUGGUGACAAAUUGCAGCGUUACAAGCAUCCUUGAAUGAAUCAGGAUUGGCCAUGAGAAUUUGUAACGUUUCUUUGGAAAUAUAGUGAUGGGGCCGCUGAGAAGUCACCUGCUUUUGUACAGAGCCUAAUGAGCUGUGUGUGGGCCCUGCAUUCAGUGACAUCCCAUUUUAAGAUGCUGCUAAUACAGUAGCUAAUUUUUCCUUGCUGAAGAAGUCUAACAGAAGCAAAAGGAACUGGUGAAAAAGCAAUGGCUGCCGCAGCUGAUGGUUUGGGAAGUAUAGCUAUAGAUACCACGCAACUGAACAUGUCAGUCACUGAUCCAACAGCUUGGGCCACAGCUAUGAAUAACCUGGGGAUGGUUCCAGUAGGACUAGCUGGACAACAGCUUGUGACAGAUUCAAUCUGUGUACCAGGCUUUGAUCCAAGCCUUAGCAUGAUGACUGGAAUCACUCCGAUCAACCCAAUGAUACCAGGCAUGGGGUUAGUACCGCCACCACCACCAACAGAUGUGCCUGUAGUCAAAGAAAUAAUUCACUGCAAAAGCUGCACACUCUUCCCUCCAAACCCAAAUCUUCCACCACCUUCAACAAGAGAGAGACCUCCUGGGUGUAAAACAGUGUUUGUUGGAGGAUUACCAGAAAACGCAACGGAGGAAAUUAUUCAGGAAGUCUUUGAGCAGUGUGGAGAUAUAACAGCAAUUCGGAAAAGCAAGAAGAAUUUUUGUCACAUUCGUUUUGCAGAGGAGUUCAUGGUUGAUAAAGCCAUUUACCUUUCUGGUUACCGCAUGAGAUUAGGAUCUAGCACAGACAAAAAGGAUUCAGGUCGACUUCAUGUUGAUUUUGCUCAGGCAAGAGAUGACUUUUAUGAAUGGGAAUGCAAACAAAGAAUGCUGGCCCGAGAAGAACGCCACAGACGCAAAAUGGAAGAAGACAGACUGCGCCCUCCUUCUCCUCCGGCAAUAAUGCAUUAUUCUGAACACGAAGCUGCUUUGCUGGCUGAAAAAUUGAAAGAUGAUAGCAAGUUUUCAGAGGCCAUCACAGUGCUGCUUACCUGGAUUGAGCGAGGCGAGGUGAAUCGUCGCUCUGCAAACCAGUUUUAUUCGAUGGUGCAGUCCGCAAACAGCCACGUUCGCCGGCUCAUGAAUGAAAAGGCAGCUCAUGAGCAAGAGAUGGAGCAAGCCAAGGAGAGUUUUAAAAAUGCCUUAACAGGGAUCCUGACACAAUUUGAGCAGAUUGUCGCCGUUUUCAACGCUUCUACCAGACAAAAAGCUUGGGACCAUUUCUCGAAAGCCCAGCGAAAGAACAUAGACAUUUGGCGAAAGCAUUCUGAGGAGCUCCGAAAUGCUCACAGUGAACAGCUCAUGGGAAUCCGCCGGGAAGAGGAGAUGGAAAUGUCUGAUGAUGACAGUAGUGACAAUCCUAGUAAAAAGCUGCGAGUAGAUGAUUCAGCACUAGCUGCCCAAGCGUAUGCACUUAAGGAAGAGAAUGAUAGUCUUCGAUGGCAACUGGACGCUUACAGGAAUGAAGUGGAGCUUCUGAAACAAGAAAAAGGGCAGCUUUUUCGAACAGAAGAAAGCCUUACAAAAGACCAGCAGCUGCAGUUUCUACAGCAGACAAUGCAAGGCAUGCAGCAGCAAUUGCUGAGCAUACAGGAAGAAUUAAAUAACAAAAAAUCCGAGCUGGAGCAAGCCAAGGAAGAACAAACACACACACAAGCGAUGCUUAAAGUCCUUCAGGAACAGUUAAAAAGCGCCAAGGAAUUAGCAGAAAUCAAUGGGCAUGAUGAAUCUCAGGCAAAUGAAAUCAAUGUAUUGACAGUAGCACUGGUCAACCAAGACAGAGAAAAAAAUUCGGAGAAACGAAGUCCAGGUCUAAAAUCAGAGAAAGAGGCACUAUUAAUAGGUAUCAUAUCCACAUUUCUUCACGUCCACCCUUUUGGAGCCAAUAUAGAAUAUCUUUGGUCUUAUAUGCAGCAGUUGGACUCUAGGAUCUCUGCAAAUGAGAUAGAAAUGCUUUUAAUGAGACUGCCACGCAUGUUUAAACAAGAAUUCACUGGUGUAGGAGCAACACUGGAAAAGAGGUGGAAGUUUUGUGCCUUUGAAGGAAUUAAAACUAUCUGACUGUGACUAGUAAUGAAGCUAUGCAGAAGAAGAAUUCCUAGAGCAUGGCAGGGUUAUAAAGUAUUAAAGUAAGAAAUUUUGGUUUUGGCACAUAGUAGUAUGUUUUCAAAGUUAUCCAAGCCUGAUUUUAGUUACAUUUGUGACGUUCUCUUGUGAGUGGAAAUUGUAGUUGUGCACCAGUUCCUAAAAUAAAAUUAAAAAAUAAAAACAACAAAAAAAAAGACUUUCAAAAUGUGAGAGAUCUGUUUCCUA